AAACAUCUGAUCCACCAGUCGAAUGUGUUUACAGACACACUGACACUACUGAUUGAUUACAUAAAGUGUUAAAUUUUGGUCAAGUUUGUAAGAAAGAAUCGAAGAAAGAGAUUGCUUCUUCUCAUUCAUGUGCACCUGAUUAGUUAAUGCUGAACUAUAAUUUGCUCUGGAAGUACACAAAGAAACUUCAAGGUGAACUGAGAUGGACUGAAAGGAGAGUCACUCAGUCAGUGUUCUCAUGGGCUGCAGUUAUGUAACCAGUACAGCUGCAGACCACAAGGCAGUGUUGAGUGAAUUUAUCAUCUUCUUAUUAGAUUUCAAUCUGAAUGACUCAACAACUUUUUCAGAAUUCUGUUAGAUGUGUGAAACAAAUGGUAAUUUUCUUUUAUCUUUUACAAUAUACUUUAUUCUAUAACAAAUGCCAUAAAUACAGUUAUAUUUGGACAAUUGAACGGACUGUUUAUAAGAGCAAGAAAAUCACAACACAGAAAUGUUACAAGAGAUAAGGCAGCCAUGGAGUUGGGUGUACAUUGUGAGUUUUCUGGACUUCUUCGGUGUGAGCAUGAUUCUACCUGUGAUGAGCACUCACCUGCGUGGGCUUGGGAUCUCUUACGUGGACAUUGGACUGCUCAGUUCAGUAUCCGGGAUGACACAACUGAUCUUCGGUCCCAUCAUCGGCAGUUGGAGCGAUAUCCAGGGACGGCACACCGUUCUCUUCCUGACGCUGAUCGUGUGCUCCUCAGUGUACGGACUCAUGGGUAUCGUUUCGUCGUUUUACCUUUUCCUAAUUCUCAACUCCGUCCUCGGGGCAGCCCAACACACAAUGAUGCUCUGUCAGGCCUACAUCGCUGACAUAGUGCCAGUGAAUAAACAACCGGCUGUUAAUGGACUUACGAAUGCAUUUAUGGCCUUCUCAUUUAUGAUUGGUCCUAUCAUUGGAGGACACGUCAUGGAAAUUGAUGGUGGAUUUCAGUACCUCACAGCUAUAGUAUCUUUAAUGCUUAUUUUUAAUUCUGCAAUAGUUUUUGUGUUCGGUAAUGUUCACAAAACUGCUAAAAAAGAGAAAACCAAAAACGUUAGUGCGUUGAAUCAAGUUAUUGCGAUAUUUAAGGAUCUUCUUGUUAUAGAUUGGAAGAAAUACUGGGUGUUUUUAAGUUUAAAAUUCUUAUUUGCCAUGUCGGGAAUGCUGUUUUUCCAAAACAUGGGAAUAAUUUUGACCGACAGUUUUGAUCUGACCCCUCGUUACAUGGGAUACACAAUAUCUUUCUACGGACUCAUUUCCUUCAUCAGCAAUUUAAACGUCGGUAGAAUUAAAAGCUUGAAUAUUUUUCCGAAAAACAAUUACGAAAGUUUAAUGUACAUGUUUUGUGUCAUGGCCGUUACUUUUUACUGGCUGUAUAUCGUAGAGAACUGUUGGUUGUUUUUGGCAGGUCUCGUGCCAUUGGCUGCAAGCAAUGCUCUGGCAGAGAUAGUCAUGACCGAGGUGCUGGUAGAGCAGACCGAUGCUAGCAGUAGAGGGUCCAUGAUGGGAGUUUCAGCCAGUGUAGCAGCCAUUGUGCAGAUUUUUGCCCCAUUUCUAUCUGGGCUUAUAGCAUCUUGGGGAGGAAUCUCUAGUGCCUUAAGAGUUUCCUCCCUCAUUUCCGCAACUGCUUGUUUUAUUACUUUGAGAAAAUCUCGCAAAGUCCAUGUGAAAUCGCAGUAAAGAACUGUCAGUAGUGAAGUGGACAAGUGUUGGCAAACCAGCCAGUAAACUGGCAGUUGAUAUUUAAAACUUAAAUAGAUCAAAAUGAAAACAUUCCUCCAUAUGUGGUACUAUUCCAAAUAAUUAGGGGCCGUCCCUAAAUUACAUAACGCCCAAGGGGGGAGGGGGUUUUCAGCAGCGUUACGCAUCGUUAAUGUUAUCGUUACAAGGGGGGAAAGGGGCUGAAAAGACUGACUUAAGUGUUAUGUAAUUUAGGGACGGCCCCUUAUAUCUUAACACUUUAUUGAAAAUAUAGGCAAUAUAUUGAAUCAUCACCUCUUUUUUUCAAAGGAAAGAUGUACUGUAGAUGUUUAUCGGAGGGGCAGGCUAGUCACAUACAUUAGCUCCUUCAUCUAUCAACACACCUCUACAUCAUCCCAGGUACUUGCUUAAAUUACCCUCACAGCAUGGUUUCAUUGAAGAUUAGUUUUCUUUACGAAAAAAUAUACGCUUGUAGACAAAUAGUACAAUACGUACAUUUUAGUAUAAAAAUAUAUUUCUUCCCAAUAAUAGUAAACUAGUAUAUUUAGUAUUAAAAAAACCUGAAAUUUAAAAAUUACAAAAUAAUGAAUAUUUUUGAUCAACAGCAUGAAUUAUUAAAUCGAAAAGGGAGAAAUCAACAAUUUACAGUUAAAAUUUUGGAAAGCUUAAGACAAUUUUUUAAUGGGAUUACAAAUUUAUUGUACGUAUGAUCGUUUUAAAGUAUAUUUUUGGUAUACUGUCU